CAGCCAGCCAGCCAGCCAAAGCCACACUGGGGAAGAGCCUCGCUUAGCGCCGCCCGGAGCCCGCCUUCCCGUCUUCCUUCCUUCCCUGCCGGGAGGGGAGCAGCCUGGCUCCGGGGAGCGCAGAAGCCGGGUGCUGGAGCGGUGGCACUUGAGAGCCGGCGGCGGCGGAGCGCUGCUGAGGAGAAGCCCAGCCGGCGACCGGAGUGAGCGAGCGAGAGAGGGAGUGAAUGAAGGAGUGAAACGAAGGCAGCCCGAGCGCAGCGCGGCACCCAGCGGCCACCCAGGCCGGGCUGCUGCUGCUGCUGCUGCUGCUUCUGCGCUCUCGCCGCCACCGCCGCCUCCCCCCUCCUCUCGUUGCCUGCGACCUUCUUCGGGGGCUUUCCCCCGCCAGCCUCUCUAAACCGGGUCUGGGCCUCGCUUCCCCCCGCCCGGCGUGCCUGCAGGCCCCGGGGAGGCCGCAGCGGAGCUAGCGGGACGUGCCCCUGCCCUGUCCAGCCCGGGGUCCCAGCAGCAGCCGGCGGGGGCCUGUGCGCAGCGCAGGGCGCACAGCUGGCCACAGGGGGCUGCAUCCCCCCACCCCGGACAGCAUGGAGAAAGAAGGAACGGGCAGGCCCUGAAGAGGCAGCCGGGGAGGGGGACUCCUGAUUCCGCCCAGGUCCUCCCCCCCUUGCCUCCCUCCGUCCGCUGAUCUCGCGAAGAUCGGACCGGCCGGAGCUUCCUCAGUCUAGGAUCACCGAAGAGAUCCUCCACAAGCGCUGGAGUGUGCUGGAUCGGAGCCUUCCUUUCUGUUGCAGCUUUUGCCGCCACCGUCCCUAGCAAAUUCGAGCAAUAAAAGGACCGGGCGGGGGAGGUGGUGUUUCCAUCUACUCCGUGUGUGUGUGUAGUCCGGUGGAGCAGAUCAACCGGCCGGUUUUAGAAGAGGCUAGCCUAGUUGGGGGAACCCCCCUUGGUAAAGACUGAGCAUCUAUCCGCAGCAGCAGCAACAACAGAUAAGACAAUAAUAUGUGGGAGACUGUGGACUCCAUGCUUCCGACAUAGGACCAGGACCAGGUUGGGUGUCUCCACUUCUGAGAGAAUGCUGGGAAUCUGCAGAGGGCGACGGAAAUUCCUGGCUGCCUCUCUGACUCUGCUCUUUGUUCCUGCUAUAACUUGGAUUUAUCUGUUUGCUGGGAGCUUUGAAGAUGGAAAGCCAGUGUCUCUGUCUCCGAUUGAAUCCCAGCCCCACAGCCCUCGUUACGCAGCCACAAGUCAACGUGAAAGAGAAAGCCUGGAGGUACGCAUGCGGGAAGUGGAAGAGGAAAACCGGGCACUUCGGAAACAGCUUAGUCUGGUGCAGAGCCGGGGCCAGUCCCAUCACCGAGGCAAUCACUCAAAAACGUACUCCAUGGAGGAAGGGACUGGGGACAGCGAAAGCCUACGGGCUGGAAUCGUGGCAGGGAACAGCUCAGAGUGUGGACAGCAGCCAGCAGUGGAGAAGUGCGAGACAAUCCAUGUUGCCAUUGUCUGUGCUGGAUACAACGCAAGUCGGGACGUUGUCACUCUCGUCAAAUCAGUCUUGUUUCAUAGACGGAACCCUCUUCACUUUCACCUCAUUGCAGAUGCCAUUGCAAAACAGAUCCUGGCGACCCUCUUCCAGACAUGGAUGGUCCCUGCAGUGCGCAUAGACUUCUAUGAUGCUGAUGAGCUGAAGUCUGAAGUGUCCUGGAUACCCAACAAACACUAUUCUGGCAUAUAUGGGCUGAUGAAGCUGGUUCUGACAAAGACUCUCCCUGCCAACCUUGAACGAGUCAUUGUGCUUGACACAGACAUUACCUUUGCUACAGACAUUGCCGAGCUAUGGGCUGUCUUUCACAAGUUCAAAGGCCAGCAAGUUCUUGGUUUGGUAGAGAACCAGAGUGACUGGUACCUGGGAAACCUCUGGAAGAACCACCGACCCUGGCCAGCUCUUGGGAGGGGUUAUAAUACAGGGGUCAUUCUGCUACUUCUGGAUAAAUUGCGCAAGAUGAAAUGGGAGCAGAUGUGGAGGCUCACGGCUGAAAGGGAGCUAAUGAGCAUGCUCUCCACCUCAUUGGCUGACCAGGAUAUCUUCAAUGCAGUCAUCAAACAGAACCCCUUUCUUGUGUACCAGCUCCCCUGUUUCUGGAAUGUGCAGCUGUCAGACCACACCCGCUCUGAACAGUGCUACCGAGACGUGUCUGAUCUAAAGGUGAUCCACUGGAACUCCCCCAAAAAGCUGAGGGUAAAGAACAAGCAUGUUGAGUUUUUCCGCAACCUCUACCUGACUUUCCUAGAGUAUGAUGGGAACUUGCUAAGGCGGGAGCUCUUUGGAUGCCCCAGUGAAGCUGAUGUCAACAGUGAAAAUCUCCAGAAACAAUUGUCUGAGCUGGAUGAAGAUGACCUGUGUUAUGAGUUUCGACGGGAGCGUUUUACUGUCCACCGCACUCACCUGUAUUUUCUACACUAUGAGUAUGAGCCUGCCUCAGAUAACACAGAUGUAACGCUAGUGGCUCAGCUCUCAAUGGACAGACUCCAGAUGCUUGAAGCUAUCUGCAAACACUGGGAAGGGCCCAUCAGCUUGGCACUCUAUCUUUCUGAUGCAGAGGCCCAGCAGUUUCUACGCUAUGCCCAAGGCUCUGAGGUCCUCAUGAGCCGGCACAAUGUUGGAUACCACAUAGUGUACAAGGAGGGCCAGUUCUAUCCAGUGAACCUCCUGCGGAAUGUGGCUAUGAAACAUAUCAGCACACCGUACAUGUUCCUGUCAGAUAUUGACUUCUUGCCAAUGUAUGGACUCUACGAGUACCUCAGGAAAUCUGUUGUCCAGUUGGACUUAGCCAAUACAAAAAAGGCUCUCAUUGUACCUGCUUUUGAGACUCUUCGCUAUCGCCUCUCUUUCCCUAAAUCAAAAGCAGAGCUGUUGUCUAUGUUGGACAUGGGGACCCUCUUCACAUUCAGGUAUCAUGUCUGGACAAAAGGGCACGCACCAACAAACUUUGCCAAGUGGCGGACAGCCACAACACCCUAUCGGGUUGAAUGGGAAGCAGAUUUUGAGCCAUAUGUCGUGGUAAGGCGGGACUGCCCAGAGUAUGACCGAAGGUUUGUUGGAUUUGGCUGGAACAAAGUCGCCCACAUCAUGGAAUUGGAUGCACAGGAGUAUGAAUUCACAGUGCUGCCCAAUGCCUAUAUGAUCCACAUGCCGCAUGCUCCCAGCUUUGACAUCACCAAAUUCCGCUCCAACAAGCAAUACCGUAUCUGUCUCAAGACCCUCAAGGAAGAGUUCCAGCAGGAUAUGUCACGCCGUUAUGGCUUUGCAGCACUAAAAUAUCUCACGGCAGAGAACAACAGCUAGCACCGCCGGGACUGUUAUGGAAAACAGACUGAAAGGAGGAGCUGUUUCCUGCGUGCGGCCCCGAUCCUUUCGCCUGGAACUGAGAGACACCUUUGUUUUUUUGUUUUUUUAAACUACAUCAAGCCGUUCUAACAGUAGAGAUUUGGAACGGAACAUCUCCGGACUGUGCUCACAAGCUACCACUUGUCUGCCACCCGUAGGCCUUUGAUUUUAUUGCCCGCCAUGUGUGAAUAAAUGGGUGAGGGGGAAGCAGCUCCCACAUCCAUUGGCAGCACACGGGGUGGCAAGAACAGUGGGGGGGGGGGGAUGGAGAUUUGUUCUUAUAACUGCACAGCAAAAACAGAUCUUCUUUGGAAUAUAGGCUUUCGUGUUGCUAUUUAAUAAUUCCACAGGUGUUUUUUUUUAAUAUUGUAAAGGAAGAUCUUCAGGUCACUGCCCUGUGAAUUAAAAAGAAAAAGCCCUCUUUCUCCAAAAAGGAAUUUGCAUCUGUAAAACAGCUGUCAUCUACCCGUAGAAGAACAGUGUAGAGCAAAAUGAAUCAGAUUUCCCCUCUCAAAUGAAGGGGAGCUAUAUCUAACAUACGGGACUUGUGGUAUAUUAUAUACUGAAAUAUAUGCAGUAUUUCUGUGUAGGCAUUUCUGUGGCAUCGCUCGGCCAUUUCUUGAAUGCUGCAAAGAUGGGCUGACCUCCCAACUCCCCUCCGCUGCCACCUGCCCUGGCCAUAUCCCUUCUUUUAAACCCAAAUUGCACCCUUUUGCACUUCAUGUUCAUCCCCAGCUCUAGCCAAUCACCCCAGAAGAUCUGUGCUUUUGCUGUCCAAUGAAGGCACCUGUCAGCUUAAGCUCUGCUUCCACUUGAGAAGGUUUGUCCAGGCAUCUCUAGUGAAACAUGUGGCCAAAUUGGAUUUUAUUUUAUUUUUAAAUGGGGGGAAAGCCCAAUUAUUGGUACUGGUACACACAGGUCAUUUUGUUAUUGGGGGAAAUCACAGCCCAUUGGCUCUUCUGCUGCCUCUCCCUUUCACCUUUAGUUGUAAGUGGACUUUAUCAUGAAGCAAGGAGACAACUGGGCCUCCAUAGCUGCAGGAUGCUACAGACUUUUGAAAAACUACUUCAGUAAAGGAGUUUAUUAUAAUAAAAGGAAGAAAACUAAAAAGGAAUUAAUUCCCCAUUUGAGUUGGGGAUGGGGGAGAGAAGAGGAUGUUUGGGGAUUCUUGAUGGCGUUUGCUUGGACGUGAGCUCAUUCAAUUCACAACCGCUAUUACAUGACAAGUGUCGGCAAGAAGUGUGAACAAGUUAACACAUACACACACAGCACACACAAUCAGACACUGGACAUUUUAUUAUUUUCUUUAGUUCUUCAGUAUUAAUGUUGUGUUUACAUGGAUGGAGGAGAUGAGGUUUAAUGCACUACCCUUAUUUGGGGCUACUUGUAUUUGGUUGCAAUGUUAUUGAGAGAGCAGAAUUUGAAUAAAUGAGAAACAUGUCUCUCUUCCUUCCCCUAACAA